UGGGCGGAGAAGUCUUUGGGGAGGGUUGGUCUAUGAUUGAGCGUAUGUUAGUUACUUGAGAUCGAAUGAUGAUUCUUGGUAACUGCUGCUAUCUCAUGAAGUAAAUAGACGUACGGGCGAGAGCUUUGCAUGGCUGUGGCUGUAGUGGUUGCCAUUUUGGUGGCUGGGCUAUUUCACGGGUUUAAUUGCAAGCAGUCACUCUGUUAUUAUCACGAUAACAAGAAAAUAAAAGGAUUGGUAGGUCGCAGGGUUGAUGCUCGUCGCAAGUCGGUGCUGCGAUCAACACCUGGAGCUCCGAGCCCGCGGAAACGUUUGGCCGAGCCGAGAUACAUACAUAGAGACUACGAAGGACACACGAAUGAAAGGCACACAGUCUCAAAGACUAAAUGCAAAGACAUUAUCUAUGGCUGAAUCUAAUUUCACUCUACUCAUCAUAUUCAUUAUCCAAAACCCCAACGACUCCCUAUCAUCACCCCAAUUCAGCCGAACCAAU